AAUCUACGUUUUGUGCCGCAUGUGCAAAUUCCAGUUCUUUUAUGUUUUACUUUUAUUUCAGUGGGAGCAGUCCGUGUCUAGGCUCGGUGCGGUGGCUCUCCACUUCCUCUCCCCUCAUCCAGCUCAUGUGACAGCGGCUCCGCUCACAUUAGCUUCCUCCGCGGCUGGCUCGUUUGGACCUGCAGGAACAAUGUCUGUGGUGAAGCUGGAGGAGUGUCGAGAGCGGAUUCGCACAGAACUGGACAACGUGGUGGACUUCUGGCUCAAAUACUCUCAUGACACUGUACACGGAGGCUUCUUUACUUGUAUCGGGAGGGACGGGAAGGUUUAUGAUGAACUGAAGUACGUGUGGCUGCAGGGUAGACAAGUGUGGAUGUAUUGCCGCCUGUACCGAACCAUGGAUCGCUUCCGCAAGCCUGAAAUCCUUGAGGCAGCAAUAGCUGGAGGAGCAUUCCUGAGAAAGUUUGCUCGUGUCUCCAGCGGCGGCAGUGGCCCGUGGAAGUGUGCCUUCUGCUUAACAAGAGACGGUAAAGCUGUCAAAAUUCAGAGGACUAUAUUCAGUGAGUGUUUCUACAUCAUGGCCAUGGAUGAACUGAGCAGGGUCACUGGUGACAAGGACAUGCAGCUGGAGGCGGAACAGAUGAUGCAGCAGCUGAUCUACUGGGUCCGGAAGGACUCGUCAGGCCUGGGCCGGCCCCAGCUUUCUGGAGACGUUCCCACCAACAGCAUGGCAGUUCCCAUGAUGCUGUUGUGUCUGGUACAACAGCUAAGUGAAGGUCGGGGUCAGGAGGUGGUUCAGAAGUAUAGAGAGCUGGGCAGCUGGUGUGUACAGGAGAUACUACAACACAUCCAGAGAGAUGGCACUGCUAUUUUAGAGAAUGUGUCGCUGGAGGGAGCAGAGCUGCCGGGUUGCCAGGGCCGUCUGCAGAACCCAGGCCAUGCCCUGGAAGCAGGCUGGUUCCUGCUUCAGUUCAGUGCAGAACAGGGGGAUGAGGAUCUCCAGAGGACUGCCAUUGACAAGUUUGUGGAGCUCCCUUAUCAGUACGGCUGGGAUAAAGAGCACGGUGGCCUCUUCUACUUCCUGGAUGUAGACGGUCACUGCCCCACGCAGUUGGAGUGGAGUAUGAAGCUGUGGUGGCCUCACUGUGAGGCUCUAAUUGCCUUCCUGAUGGCCUACAGUCAAACAAAGAGACCAGAGCUUCUGGAAAGAUUCUCUCAAGUCUAUGAAUACAUCUUUGGCCAUUUUCCUGAUGCUAAAAGUGGCGAGUGGUUUGGCUAUUUGACACAAGAAGGCAAAGUAGCACUGGAUUUUAAAGGAGGCCCCUUUAAAGGGUUCUUCCAUGUGCCUCGCUGCCUGUACAUGUGUGAGCGUAUUCUGGAUGAUCUGCUGACAAACAAGGACUGAGUGUUCUGACAUGAAUGUUGUAAUAAUGGGACUAAAUCUGAUUUGAGGGGCUGUCUACUAAAUCACACCAUAAUAAUCAGGUUUUAAAGCAAAAUUGCACUGAUUUGCUGUGAAGUUACUUGUGCCAUACAGUCACUGAGCGGCCCAUAAAAUUAGUUGUGAAAAUAUAUUACAGCAGUACUACUGUGUAAAACAGUAGUUGCCUUCCUAUACCGGUAUUUUUUGGCCACUAGUGGCAGUCUGUACAACAUUAAUGUAAGAUACCUUUCUUGCUAAGGCUUUUUAUACUUUAUCCACCUGAUUUUCCUCCCUAUAAGUGAGAAGAUAUCCUACCUUUCCGUGGUUGUAUUGUUAACAUUCUUCCUUAAUUGUAUUUUAUGAGCAACUCCGUGCCUGAAAUGUCCAAAUUACGGGCGACAAUGAUCCAGGAUUUAGAUUUCCCACUUAGGGAGAACCUAAAAACCUCCACACAGAAAGCACUCACAACGCUGGAUUGAAUUACAACCCACCUUUUCUUGGACUGAGGCACUGUCCCUCCCUCAUCAUACAUACUAAUACAUUAACAUGUCAAGAUGUGCCUUCUACAUGCACACGGAACCUUUGAGCCAGACCUUUUGAAGACCAUGUAUUUUUACAUCCUGUUCAUUCCAGUUUAUUCAGCUAAUAUAUCAACUCUGCUAGAUGUUUGUUUUAAACAUACCAAUUGCUAUUCUAACAUACUGGUGAACCACAAUGUAUGUGAGACAACAGUUGACUCCUCCAAAGUCCCGCCCCUAUUUGCUCUGUGCUCCAGUAACAGUUGAGCAGGCCUCAGUCAGAACCUCUCUGAGCUACUGUAGAAACAUGACGGUUCAAAAUGGCGGACUCCAUGGAAGGCGACCCGUGGCGCCUGCAGAUAUAAAAGACUUAUCUAAGAUAACAAAACAAUUCUUAUUUUUAUGUUAUUAUACAAUAUUGUUAGUUAUAAACUUUAUAAAAGUUAAGCUAAUGUUAUCAAAAUGUUAACUAAGUAGCUAACUAACUAUUAAUGUAAAUUAGCUAAGUAGUUAGCAAGCAUUUUUCCCAACAUUAGCUUUCAUAUGUAACUAGCUAACUUAAGAUGUGACUAUACAUACUGUCACUUUUAUCUUUUAACCAUCUUCAAAAUGUGGUUGUCUUUUCAACAUAGAUUAGCCCAGCACAUAGCAUAUCUCAGUACAGGAAAGGGGAAAACUGACUGAGGUUCUGACAGAGGUUUGCUCAACUGUUAUUGGAGCACAGAGCAAAAUGGGGCGGGACUUAGGAAUGUUCAAUUAAAGCAAUAGGAUCUUAUUUCUUAUAGCCAGUAAAUAAAUGUAUAUUGAAAUAUUACAGCUGAUGAUUAAAUGUGAUUAAAUGUAUGCAGAAUAUUUUAUGGAAAUAAUGUGUUAUUAGACAGUUAAUGACAUUGAAGUUUCAAAUGUCUCUUGUGAAGCAAGCGGACCUACAAGAAUUUCAUUGUAAGGAAGCAAUCUAUCAGUAUGAGUCAGUUAAUGAGUGAGUCAUUUUUACUUCCGAACGAAACUCAACAGAAAGUCAAACAUCCCUUAUGGCUAAUUUGCACGCUGUUGCUAAUUUGCACAUCCAGCAGACAUGGAAAAACAUUUAUUGGAUGUCAUAUUUGUCUCCACUCUUGAGGGGUAUCUGGAUCUUAAUCCGCUCCUCUUUAUCUCAUCAGCUAGUCUCUAACUGUGUCUCUGGGCUGUUUGGGACAGGGCAGGUAGUGUACAGAGGAUUGACAAAGAUGAUGAGAGGAAUCUAAACCAAAACUGUAAAGUUGUGGAAUGUAAAACCAAAACAAUGAGCUGAAAGACCCUCAAAAACAGCACAUUUGGUGAUUUCUCUGGGUAUGUUUUCACUGCAAGUGACACCUUUCACAUCACACAUAAUCAUAUGCACCACUGUACAUGUUUGCUAUUCGAUCUGUACAUUAGAAUAUGUCUAUUUAAGACGAAUAUUAAGUCAUCAACAACAGUAAUAAUGCUGCUAAAAUGGGCAAUGUCAAACAAUUUACGUAUCUGAAUGAAUACUGUAAGCUUUUGAAAUUGUUGGACAUUAGUA